AUGUCUUCAGAAGCAGCAUCUCAGGUCUCCGUUGGGGCACUCAGCGCUAUCUUCGAUGAUACAAAGCCUCAAACGCGUGAGCCUAUUGUUCAAUGUGUCCAGAUAAAGCAAUUGCCAUCUCAACAGAGCCACCCGGAACGCUACCGAGCGGUAUUCAGUGACAUUUCAAAUUAUGUGCAGACGAUGCUUGCGACCCAAUUGAACCCCAUGGUGUCUAGUGCGCUAUUACGGAAGGGAUGUUUUGUUCGCCUGAAGUCGUUCCAAGCGAACUCCGUGAAAGGCAAAAAGAUCCUUAUUAUUCUCGACCUUGAAGUCUUGGAGGGAUUGGGGGAGGCCGAGAAGAUUGGCGAACCAAAACCACUCGAAAGUAAAACAGAUGAAGACGACAAGCACCAACCCACUACAAUCUCCAGCAACGGUUUCUAUGGAUCGAAGAUGUCAGGCGCACAGGCCCAGUCAAAUACCGGAGUGCAGUCAGCACGACCUGUUUUGGCCGCAGCGCAUGCUACUAUAUAUCCCAUCGAAGCUAUUUCACCAUAUUCUCACAAAUGGACGAUCAAAGCACGCUGUACGAGCAAGACAAAUAUCAAGACUUGGCACAAUAGGAAUACCGAAGGGAGGCUCUUCAGCGUCAAUCUACUGGACGACAGUGGCGAAAUACGAGCUACUGGAUUCAACGACCAAUGCGACAUGCUGUAUGACGUCUUCCAGGAGGGCGGUGUAUACUAUAUCUCCAAUUGCCGCGUGCAAAUUGCCAAAAAACAGUUCACGAACUUGAACAACGAUUAUGAGCUGACUUUUGAAAGGGAUACGGUGGUUGAAAAGGCAGAGGAUCAGAGUGAUGUUCCCCAGGUUCGAUUCAAUUUCACUUCUAUCGGUGACCUCCAAUCGGUAGAAAAAGAUACUACGAUCGAUGUGAUAGGCGUGCUGAAAGAGGACAUGGGGGUUUCACAGAUCACAUCCAAAACUACAAACAAGCCCUAUAACAAGCGCGAGCUGGUCAUGGUUGACAAUACCGGAUUCUCUGUUCGCCUGACUAUCUGGGGCACUACAGCUCAGAAUUUCAACGCCUUGCCCGAGUCUGUAAUAGCUUUCAAAGGCGUGAAGGUCUCUGACUUUGGCGGGCGUAGUCUGAGUUUGCUGAGCUCGGGUUCAAUGGCGGUUGAUCCUGACAUUGAGGAAGCCCACAAGCUCAAAGGCUGGUAUGACGCACAAGGCAGAGAUGAGAAUUUCUCUUCACAUGCUUCCUUAUUAGGCACAGCCUCAUCAACGAUGAAGUCGGACCAGUUCAAGACAAUCGCCCAAAUAAGAGAGGAGCAAUUGGGUAUGUCGGAGGAAGCGGUUUACUUUUCGCUGAAAGCAACAGUCAUCUACAUAAAGCAGGACAACAUGUCCUUUGCUUAUCCUGCUUGUCUCUCAGAAAAUUGCAACAAGAAGGUGACCGAGCUUGAUCCCGGCCAGUGGCGCUGUGAGCGCUGCGAUAAGACUCACCCCCGACCAGAUUACCGCUACAUAAUGCAUGUUAAUGUCAGCGACCAUACCGGCCAACUUUGGCUAAGCUGCUUUGACGACGUGGGCAAAUUGAUGAUGGACAUGUCAGCCAAUCAGUUAAUGGAACUGUUCCAGACGGAUGAGAAAGCAGCUGGCGACGCAUUCCAGGAUGCCAAUUGCCGGACCUGGAAUUUCCGAUGCCGUGCCAAAAUAGAUCAUUUCGGCGAACAACAACGUAUACGGUAUCAGGUAUCCUCGGCCAACCCGAUAAAUUAUUCCCACGAGGCUUCACGCCUUGCCGAUCUUAUUGAAUCUUACAAUGUAUCUUGA